AUGGCAGAAUUGGGACGUCAGAUAGGAUUUGGAGGCUCAAAAUCAUCACCUGCCACGAAGUUGGAGUGGAUAGGUUCACACAAUUUACUGAUGUCUAGUAGUGCUAGUGUUGGCCCAUUUGGUUACAGGUCAAAUGUGAAGUUGUGGGACAUCAGGUCACAGAAAAUUGUCUGGGAGUGCCGAGAGUCAAACCCGGGACCUGUCGUUCAUCAGGCAAAAUCAGACUCUCUUUCCGAUUGUUUUGCUGAUGUGACAGUUAAUGAGAAAUUUGGCAGCAUAUUUAAAUUAGGUGCGAGGAAUGGGGGCCUUUUUAUGGUGGAUUUGAGGCAGCUCAACAACAGUAAUCCAUGGGUGGCAUUGGGGGAUACAAUUCCAGGUGUUAGAGGGGCACAAAAUAGGAUUUUGGGGUAUGGAAAGCGGGUUUUUGUUAGCAGGGGAGGGGAUAUAGAGGCAUGGUGUGAAGUGGAUCUAAGGGAGAAGUCAAAGAUUCUAAGGAAAAAUAUCGUGGAUAGUAAGCAGGGCAGCGAGAGGAUAACAAGAAUGACCGCAGGAGGGAACACACUAUUUGUUGCUAGGAAGGGUUUGCAAGGUGUUGAAGUGUGGGAUAGUUUGAGAUCAAAGGCUGCAAGUAACAGUCUUGUUUGA